AUGUCCUCAGCUGUUGUAGGAGAAACAGUAGACCUGGAACCCAGUUUGUUACUGGACUUGUGGAAGAGGAAACAUAAAGAUUUCCAAAUGAAUAACCGAAAGGAAGAUAUGGAGAUUGCUUCCCACUACCGUCAUCUGCUGCGGGAGCUGAACGAGCAGCGGCAGCACGGGAUCCUCUGCGACGUCUGCAUCAUCGUGGAGGGCAAGAUCUUUAAGGCUCACAAAAAUGUUCUCCUUGGGAGUAGUCGCUACUUCAAAACUCUCUACUGCCAGGUACAGAAAACCUCUGACCAGGCCACAGUCACUCACUUGGACAUCGUCACCGCACAAGGCUUUAAGGCAAUCAUUGACUUCAUGUAUUCCGCACACCUGGCACUGACCAGCCGGAAUGUCAUCGAGGUGAUGUCAGCUGCCAGCUACCUGCAGAUGACAGAUAUUGUGCAAGCCUGUCACAACUUCAUCAAAGCAGCUCUUGACAUAAGCAUAAAGUCAGAUGCCUCGGAGGAUCUUGUGGAUUAUGAACUGGGAGCCCCUUCCAGCAGCAGCACGGAUGCUUUGAUCUCGGCAGUGGUGGCUGGCAGGAGUAUAUCUCCCUGGUUGGCUCGGAGAACGAGCCCAGCAAACUCUUCUGGAGACUCCGCUAUUGCCAGCUGCCACGAGGGAGGGAGUAGUUAUGGAAAAGAGGAUCAAGAACCAAAAACGGACAGCCAAGAAGACAUUUCAUCCCAGUCUCUUUGGGCUGGUGACAUGGGCUAUGGGUCUUUACGGAUCAAAGAGGAACAGGUCUCACCGUCACAUUAUGGAGGGGGUGAGCUCCAUUCUGCCAAGGAUAGUGCAAUACAGAGUGCGUUCUCGGAGCAAGGAGUGGGGGAUGGCUGGCAGCCCACGGGGCGCAGGAAGAACAGGAAAAACAAAGAAACUGUCAGGCACAUCACGCAGCAAGUGGAGGAUGACAGCAGGGCAAAUUCUCCAGUGCCAUCGUUUUUACCUGCCUCAGGAUGGCCGUACAGCAGUCGAGACCCAAGUGCUGAUGUGUCGGGGACAGAGCCCAGCAGCUCUGACAGCAGGGUGGAGCGGUCGGACCCCUACGCCAGCGUGGAGGAAACGCUCCUGGGGGGGGAAGGCAGCUACAUCCAUCAGCCCCUGACCCCAGAGAAGGAAGAUGCUCUCCAGGCUGCCACCGUUGCCAACCUGCGAGCGGCUCUCAUGAGUAAGAACAGUUUGCUGUCCCUGAAGGCUGACAUGCUGGGCGAGGACAGCUCCCUGCUGUUCGAGUACCUCCCCAAAGGCGCACACUCGCUCUCCCUCAACGAGUUCACAGUCAUCAGGAAGAAAUUCAAGUGCCCAUACUGCAGCUUCUCAGCCAUGCAUCAGUGCAUCCUGAAGAGACACAUGCGAUCCCACACGGGAGAAAGGCCCUAUCCCUGCGAGAUCUGUGGGAAGAAGUUCACCCGCCGGGAGCACAUGAAGCGACACACUCUGGUCCAUAGCAAAGAUAAAAAAUACGUCUGCAAGGUGUGCAACCGAGUGUUCAUGUCUGCAGCCAGCGUGGGGAUCAAGCACGGCUCGCGCCGCCACGGCGUCUGUGCCGACUGCUCCGGCCGAGGCAUCGCCGGACACCUGGACCACAACGGGGGAGAAGGGUCUCCUGAGGAGUGCUACCCCGGGGAGGGGCAGUACAUGGAAGACCCAGAUGACAUCAAAGUGGAAGGAGACGAGGAGAUGGGAGACGACGACGACAUCAAGUGGAAGGACGACGUGGGCAUGUCACAAGAUGAUGUGAUUUUAGAUGAUGACAAAGAUGUCGACUCCCCGCAGGAGCAGGACAACUCUGGGGAGAACGACAAGGAUUUUACCUGGAUUUCUUAG